UCGUACAUUUGGAAAUCGUAUUCCUGAUAUAGGUUCGCCUUAAUCCAGGCAACCUAUUAUACAUACGAAAAUGUAUUUGAUCAUCUGGUUGGGCGCUUGCGCAAAACUGCACACGACCAACGUCUGAAAACAAAUUACAAAGCGUCGGAGCCUCGCAGGUUGUAGCGUGAUUAACCGUGCUUACUUCUGAGUGAUCGAAAUAAAGCAACUGAUUAAAGUUGGAAAACAUUUGAAAAAAAUAUGGGAAUUAGUAAAAUUAGAGUUUGCGUUCAAAUUCGCAGAUACGAUCUACUCGAAGGAGAAAAUGACAAACUACAAACUAUUUUGCAGCAAGUUACUUUAGAGCCAGAACUAACAUUCGACGAUCUCAGGCUUGCCCUGUUCUGUUUGGUUGGCAUUGAAGAUGAUGGCAGUAGAGUAUUGAAAAUCAGAAGACAUGACAAUAAUCUAAUACCAGUUUCCACUUUGCUUAAUGGUUCCUCAAAGGAUAAGCCAUUCAUUGUGGACGUUGUUCGCAUUCAUCAAUACUGCCUACCUAAAGAACGAAGUAUUCCACCUGGGUAUGUAGAAGCUCUGUCAUUGAAGCUGAACAAUCUUGAGAAAAGAUCGCUGAUACAUUCACUUCCCACAGAUGAUUUUGGUCGAAAAUGAAUUACCAGAGUUAGAGGCUCUGCGAAUCGCUGCGAUAGAGGAUGCAGCAUCUCAAUUAGGCAGUUGCGUUAACUUUUUGGACCGCAGACUAGAUGAGCUAGCUCCCCCUCAUUGGAAAGCACAGAUUGGAUCAAGCAUUUAAUUGAUAAAAAUAUAUCAGAACGCAUCCAAAGCUGAAAACAUUCCAAAACUGACUUGCUAUAAAGAAGUUUAUUCUUGCAACUGGAAUUUUAAACGCACUUUCUGUUAAUUUUAGCGCAAAGAAAUCAAAGCAUGUGCGUUCGAAUAACAGGUCUUCGCUAAAUACUACGAAUUAAUUGAAGAAUGUCAAAUAUUUAUUUUGUGAUUUCGGAUAAUUAGUCAUUGAGAGGAAGGAGAGAAUGUUUAGUAGCCUGACUAUAAUGCUGUCAUAGAAUUAUGUGUGGAUAGAAAUAACACAAUGCUUUUGAGUACAGGAGGGAUUGUAUUUUGGGGAUAACUGUAUAUCAACAAUUUACAUAAUUUGUAAAUUCAAUUACUAAAUAGAUACUAUGUAACAAAAAUAA